CUGGAGGACCUAGUUGCGGUAGAUGCCUUUUCGGUGGCGCCUCUUGCUGCUGGCGGCAUGCCAUGGGUGUCCAGAAGGCCCGGAGGCCAAGGAGUGCCUGCGUCGGGAGCUGAGCGGUGAAGCCCGCCCCCGCCUUCGCUGCCGCAAGCUGCGGAAGCCGCCCAAGGACUUCGACGCCUUCUUCUCUCAGGUGCUGAGCCAGGGCCAACCAGUGAUCUUGGAAAACGCCAGCGCCAUCUUCGGCCAGGAGGUUCAGAGAUGGAUGAAUAUCUCUUACUUUGUGGAGAAGUUCGGCCAGCUCAGGUUCCGGACCUCCUUCUUCAACGCGGCAAAGAACCGCACCGGCCAGGGCUUUCGCACCUCUGCGGGCGAGGGCGUGGAUCGCUUUGGGCUCACACCCAUCAACGGAGGAAAAGGUCUGCUCUUCCCGCACGUUGGGCAAAUGGACCUCGCAGGCGUGCUCAGCAAUCGAGACCCUGCGCGCAUGAUGUUCGUGGAGGAGGGCAAGCUCUUUGCCGAGGAGGAGGGCCGCAGGUAUGUGAAUUACCCCGAGCUCCUGGAUCACUGGACCAAGCCUCCGUUUCUUGGCCCCUUGCAGCCUGCAGAGGUGAAUUUGUGGGCGGGCGGCGUCCUGGCAGAUCGGCCCAAGGAGAGCCCGCUGCAUCAUGACCCCUUCGAAAAUAUCAUGCUGCAGCUGGCGGGGCGCAAGACCUUCAUUAUGGUCUCAGCUGUGGACACCCCCAAGCUGUACCCCAGCCUCAUGCAGGGUUUCCGAGCGCCGGCGCCAGAGGACUUGCACACGCAGGUGAAAGCUGUAGAUGCAGAGGACCUCAUGGACAACUUCAGUCCUGUUGACCCCUUGCGCCCGGACUUCAAGCGCUUUCCGGAUUUCAAGAAGGUGAAUCCUCUGACCUGCACCCUAAAGGCGGGUGAGGCGCUGUUCAUGCCGUCCUUCACCUGGCACAACGUCUUGAGCUAUGGCGAUGAUGACAAGGUGAACCUCGGUCUGAACGUAUGGCUGCCAGGGGACAGGGCCGUCAGCGACUUGAUGAACAACUUGAUGCGAACGCUGGUUGUGAGACGCGAGACGGAGAGAACCGACGAGCUUUGAUUCUGCGCAGGGGCCAAA